AUGAACGGAAGUGCUUUUGGAGGAAACAGGCUUAUGCGAACAAACACGGCAGAGAGCGCAGGCACCAACUGUGUCCUGAAGAACAUAGAGGGGAUAGUCAGUCUCAGCGAUAUUGUAAAGACGUCGUACGGAGUGGACGGGAUGUACAAGCUGAUUGUAAAUUCGCAGAAGAGAGUGAUCAUGAGCAGAUCGGUGGCGAGCAUUCUGGGAAACUGCAACAUAGAGCAUCCUGCGCUGAGAAUGGUGGUUGAGCCAAUUGCACACUUGGCGCAGAUGGGAGACUGCACAGGGUUCCUAAUGGGUGUCCUCGGAGAGGUUUUAAAAAGAUGCAGUGUCCUCAUAGAGAAGGGAAUCCUUCCCACAGAGAUAGCAAGCGCUCUGAGAGAGUGCGGAGACAGCAUGGAGGAAAUAGUGCAGGAAAUAUCGCAGAAGGAAGAGUUCAGUCUGACAGACGCAGAAAUACUCAAAAAAAUAACCAGCGGAAUAGUGAAGAACUCGAGAAUAUCUGAGCUGUUGGGAGAGUCCAUCUCUGGCAUAUCAAAGAACGGCUCAUUCCCAAUAGACAGCAUCAGAGUGACAAAGGUCAAUGUAGGGUCACUGGAUGAGUCAGAGCGAUUUAGAGGAAUGCUUCUGGAGGCACCGCCUGUGGGCUCCGUGGAGAGCGGUGCUAGCAUCAAGACAGCAAUAUACACCUGCCCUCUGAACAUCAGCAAUAUGGACACAAAAGGCACUGUCUUACUGAAGAAUGCUGAAGAUCUCCUGACAUACGCACAAGACGACGAGAAGACCACCAGAGACUUUGUGGACAGACUGACUGCAAACGGAGUAGGUCUGAUCGUCUGCAAUGGAUCGGUUGACAACCUCAUACUCGACUAUCUGAACGAAAAGAAAGUAAUUGUGUUGAAGAUACACAGCAAGUUUGACCAAAGGCGGCUGUGCAUGCUCUUUGGAGGGCGCAUGUCAAACACUCUGCGCCCCAUGGAGGAGCAGUACCUGGGAAGGUGCACAUCGAUUGAAGUGUGCAGCUACGGAGAGAGAAAGUACACAAAGGUGUCAGGAAGUGGGCAGAUAGACACAAUUCUCGUGAGAGGCACGCUCCCAGCGCAGCUGGAGGAGAGCGAGCAGCUGAUAACGAAGGCUGUGUACUCUCUCCAAGUGUGCGCUAACGAGUCUAUGCGCACGGGCAGCCUAAGACUCCUGAAGGGGGCAAGCGUGUGCGAGCAGCAGAUAGCAAGCAAGCUGAGAGCAGAGGCAGAGAAGUACACAGAUAUUAGGCAGAUAGUCACAAAGAUAUUUGCAGACUCAAUUGAGUCGGUGGGCAGCAGAAGCACAGCGGAUAAGUGCAGCCCAGAGGAAGAGAUAUACGAUAUAGCAGCGAUAAAGGAAAGAGCCCUGGAGUAUGCGGUUGUGCUGGCAUCUGACGUGCUGAGCAUCUCGCAGAUGUUUAUUACAAAGAACGAGGACAAACUGCAUGCUCCGCGGAGACAGGGGCACUGGGAUGACCAAGACUAG